AAAAUAUGCAUAAAAAAUAUAAAUUGACAUUUUUGUUUGACUCGGUUCCGCCAAGGGUGGUUGAGAAAAGAUAAGUUUGAUUAUUUCGGCCAAGACUGAGGAAAGCUCUACUGUACAUAAUUCUACAACUACAUAAAAGCCAAGUUGUGAAUCAAAAACUAGACGGUGGUAACCAAAGAAAAUAGAUUCACCACUUCCCUCGAGCAAGAAAAAUGAAUCCAUCAAAAGUUCGAUGCAUCUCAGAAUGCUUUGUGAAACCACCGCAUGUUUCUCAAGAAUCGAAGCAGCCCUUCUAUCUGACAACAUGGGAUCUAGCCAUGCUUUCUGUACAGUAUAUCCAAAAGGGCCUUCUCUUUGCCAAACCUCCGCCAGAGGAUUGUCCACAAGACUUGAUCAAGAAUAUCUUGGACAGGCUCAAGAAGUCCCUCUCCCUCUCCCUUGUUCAUUUCUAUCCUCUUGCAGGUCGUCUUGCAACAAGAAGAGAGGAAAACCCCCCUGCUUAUUUUGUCUUUGUUGAUUGCAACAACAGCCCUGGGGCCAAGUUUAUCCACGCAGCCGUUGACGCAACAGUAUCCCACAUUCUUUCCCCAACUUAUGUGCCAUUGGUUGUUCAAUCAUUCUUUGACCAUGACAGAGCAAUCAACCAUGAUGGUCACUCCAGACCUUUGCUGUCUAUUCAGGUCACGGAGCUGGUUGAUGGGGUAUUCAUAGGGUGUUCUAUGAACCAUGCUAUUGGGGAUGGAUCCACCUUCUGGCAUUUCUUCAACACAUUGUCCGAAAUAUUUCAAGCACAGGGAGAUAAUGUAAAAAUCUCACGCCAACCUGUGCUCAAGAGGUGGUUUCCAGAGGGUCAUGGUCCACUAAUUAACCUUCCUUUCACUCACCAGGAUGAGUUAAUCAGAAGAUUUGAAGCACCCCAACUUUUAGAGAGAAUCUUCCACUUCUCAGCAGAGUCCAUUGCAAAACUCAAAGCAAGGGCCAAUUCAGAAUACAACACCAGCAAAAUCUCCUCCUUCCAGUCUUUAUCUGCGUUUGUCUGGAUGUCAAUAACAAAGGCCCGCCGUUUUCCAAAUGACCAAUUAACUAGUUGCAGGUUGGCUAUAAAUAACAGAUCAAGACUGGAUCCACCCUUGUCCCCAGAUUACUUUGGGAACUCAAUUCAAACCGUGAGAGCAGUAACUACAGCUGGUGAACUGGUCGAGCAGAAUCUUGGAUGGGCUGCUUGGCAAUUGCACCUAGCUGUGGUUAACCACACAGACAAAUCAGUGCGUGGCUUUGUCAAUGAUUGGCUUCGUUCACCGUUUAUUUACCAGCUUGGUCAGUUUUUUGAUCCACAAAGUGUAAUGAUGGGAAGCUCACCAAGAUUCAACAAGUACGGAAAUGAGUUUGGGUUGGGGAAAGCACUGGCACUCCGCAGUGGAUAUGCUCAUAAGUUUGAUGGGAAGGUUUCCUCAUAUCCAGGACGCGAAGGUGGAGGAAGCAUAGACUUGGAGGUCUGCCUUCCAGCUCACUCUAUGAAUGCUCUUGAAUCGGAUGCGGAGUUCAUGGCUGCUGUUUCUUCCUCUAUUUAAGCUUAAAUUUUGAUUCUGUGACUGUCCCCUGCGCAUCGUGUCUUACCUACUACCACUUAUUUGUUUUCUUUUGUUUGUUUCCAAGCCUCGUCUACAAUACCACUACUGAGAAAACGAAAGAGUGGGAUGGAAAUGAUUCAGAAAAUAAAAGAUUGAAUUUUCUUC